AUGGCGGACCAACAAGACGUCGAUCUCGACUCUAUCAUCGACAGACUGCUCGAGGUCCGCGGUAGCAGACCCGGCAAGCAGGUCCAGCUUCUCGAGACCGAGAUUCGCUACCUCUGCACCAGAGCUCGCGAGAUUUUCAUUUCCCAGCCCAUCCUCCUCGAGCUUGAGGCUCCCAUCAAGGUAAAUCCCCUGUUUCUCGUAUCCUGCCUUUCUCUUCUGACCUCUCCAGNNAUCUGCGGUGAUAUCCACGGUCAAUACUACGAUCUCCUGCGUCUUUUCGAAUACGGUGGUUUCCCGCCUGAGGCCAACUACCUCUUCCUUGGUGACUACGUCGACCGUGGCAAGCAGUCGCUCGAGACUAUCUGUCUGCUUCUUGCCUACAAGAUCAAGUACCCCGAAAACUUCUUCAUCCUGCGCGGCAACCACGAGUGUGCCUCAAUCAACCGCAUCUACGGUUUCUACGAUGAGUGCAAGAGAAGAUACAACAUCAAGCUGUGGAAGACCUUCACCGACUGCUUCAACUGUCUGCCCAUUGCCGCCAUCAUUGACGAGAAGAUCUUCACCAUGCACGGUGGUUUGAGUCCCGAUCUUAACUCAAUGGAGCAGAUCAGACGUGUCAUGCGCCCCACUGAUGUAUGUCUACAAACCUUGUUACUUACUGUCAAUCUCUUACUGACUGGUGUCCUUCAGAUUCCCGACUGCGGUCUCCUCUGCGAUCUUCUGUGGUCCGACCCCGACAAGGAUAUCACCGGAUGGAGCGAAAACGACCGUGGUGUGUCUUUCACCUUCGGACCCGAUGUCGUAUCGCGUUUCUUGCAAAAGCAUGACAUGGACCUCAUUUGCCGUGCUCACCAAGUCGUCGAAGAUGGUUACGAGUUCUUCUCAAAACGCCAGCUCGUCACCCUGUUCAGUGCCCCUAACUACUGUGGAGAGUUUGACAACGCUGGUGCCAUGAUGAGUGUUGACGAGAGCUUGCUGUGCUCGUUCCAGAUUCUCAAGCCAGCAGAGAAGAAGCAGAAGUACGCAUCCCCCUACAACCCUCUCCGUGUCAUUACAUCCUCAAUACUGACUUGA